ACCACAAAAUCAUGAAUGACUUUUUAAAGAAAUUAAAGAUCAAAUGGAGAAAUCUGAAAAAGUAGCUUACGUUUCUGUUUUGUCUCUUCUCUCGCUCUCUCUUCUUCUCCUCAUCAUCUUCCUCUUCUUAAUAUGCAGAAAGAAACCGGUCCGGUCCGACGAACCUCUCCUUCCAGAAACCAAACCGGUCGGUCUUGCUUAUCCCUUAACCGAAAUAGAUUCAGCAACCGACGGCUUCAACCAGCGACGAAUCAUCGGCAGUGGUCGGUUAGGUACGGUUUACGCCGCGGUUAUUCCAACGCACAAAAAUCUAGUCGCGGUCAAAAGAAUACAUCCCGGUUUGGUUUUGAGUAAACCGGGUUUCGGUUUCUCCACAAUCCUCAAAACGCUUUCUUCCUCUCUGCAUCCCAACGUCGUCUCGAUCCUAGGCUUCUCGGAAGCUCCCGGCGAGAGGAUCGUCGUGACUGAGUUCAUCGGAGAAGCGAGAAGCUUGAGCGAUCACUUGCACGGAGAUCCCGAUCUCGAAUUCGAUUGGCGGAAACGUUUUAAAGUCGCGGCGGGAGCGGCGAGGGGUUUGGAGUAUCUGCACGAAGUCGUAAACCCUAGAAUCGUCCACGGUCGAUUCACGUCAUCGAACAUACUCUUAGAUGAUAAGUUCAUGGCGAAGGUUUCGGAUUACGGAUUCGCGUUUUUGAUUCCGCGUGAGAAGUCGGAGAUCCAUUGGUACGUUGAAGAAGGAUACUGCAAAGAGAGCGAUGUGUAUGGAUUCGGCGUCGUUUUGCUGGAGAUUCUGAGCGGGAGGAGAAGCGAAAACGGAUUGAUCGUGAAAUGGGCGACGCCGUUGAUCAAGGAGCAGAGAUUCGCUGAGCUUUUGGAUUCGAGAGUGGUUGUUCGGAGUGAGAUCAAGUGUUUGGUGAUAAGGUUAGCGAAGGUUGCUUUGGCCUGCGUCGGGAAUUCGCGGAGGAGCCGCCCAACGGUUUCUCAGGUGGCAGCGAUUUUGAAUAGUUUGGAGAGGGAAGGAGGGGUUGUUUGAGUCUUUGAAAUGUUUUGGGGUUUUUACGGAGAAGAUUAAGAAUGUUAUAGGGGUAAGAUGAUUAAUUCUGUAAAUGAUAUUUUUCACGCCGUGUACAUUAAUGUAUAAUUUUCUCU